GGUGGACACGUCACACGCCUUCAUUGAUAAUUCUCGACGUCGUCUGUCUCGAGCAGUAAGGCGCCGGGCGGGGAGAUUUUCGGAGAAGUUUCGUAGAGAGAGAAACGCAAGGCACCAGAGCUCUCAACGUUCUCCGAAUUCCUCCUUCUCAUCCAAGCUGGGAGCUGAUCUUCGUCUCAUUCCAUUUGGAUUCCACCAAUUGCACAUAUAGGUAACUAGAACCCUACAAUUCUGAACUCCUUCGAUUCUCCGUCCACUUUCCUGGGUUUCGUUGUUUAUGCAGGGGAACCCUAGGUUCUGAAUUGGUGCUUGAUAUUUUAUUGAUAAUUUGUGGAGAAAGUCGGAAAUGAUAGAGUUGAAUCGUGUUCGUAGUAAAAGACGCGUUCAAUUUCGUGGGGUUUUCAAUGGUCUAUGUGCCAUGGCCCUGAUUUUCUUGUUCUACAACCGGGGGGGUAUAUUGCGAAACCCACUACUAAGGCAAUCGUCUUUGAGCGCCUCGAUUGGGGGUUCGAGUAAUUCAGCCAUGAUUCACCGGCGAAUGGUGGAAAUUGGCGUUAAUUAUACGAUUGGUGGGAUUCCUAGCAAUGAUAGCUUGAUUGUGACUAGCCCCGAGUUUUGUUCUGGAUCAUUCAAACACGAGGGAUUUGCGACCCAUUGUGAUUUCUUGAAGGCACACCCCCAAUGCUCAUCUGAUGGGAUAUUUGAUUAUCUAAAGUUCUUCUAUUGCAAUUGUCAUGAAAAACCAAUCGCUUAUGUAAUACUGGCAAUUUGGCUUGCUGCGUUGUUCUAUUUGUUGGGUAACACUGCAGCGGACUACUUCUGUUGUUCUUUGGAGAAGCUUUCCAGUCUCUUGAGGCUGUCUCCGACGGUUGCUGGAGUGACUCUCCUUCCACUUGGGAAUGGAGCUCCUGAUGUGUUUGCGAGUAUUGCUGCUUUUCUGGGGACAGGCACCGGUGAGGUGGGACUUAACAGUGUGUUGGGAGGGGCGGUGUUUGUUACUUGCAUUGUUGUUGGGACUGUUUCUCUUUGUGUUUAUGAGCAGGAAGUUCAGAUUGAUCAGAAAUGUUUUAUUAGAGAUAUCGGUUUUUUCAUCUUUACUCUUGUGUCUCUUUCAUUAAUAUUGUUUGCUGGUAAGGUGAGUGUUGUGGCAGCCAUUGCGUUUGUCUCAAUUUAUGCUGUUUAUGCUUUUGCUGUUGCUGCAAAUGAGAUUUUGAGGAAACAUGCUGGAAGGUUGAAAUUGGAUGUUGUGAAGCCAUUGCUUCCUGUGAGAGGAAGUAUCUUCUCCCAAGGAAGCCAAGAGGAUGACUCUAUCUAUAGCCCUUUUCUUGAUGUGGAUACGGGCAGUGAUUCAGGCCAGUCUCAUGGUUCAGUGCCUCAGUGGAUGUGGGCAUCAAAUGUUGCAAUAUAUUCUAAUCAGGUAAUGAAGAUGCCUGAUAGCGAGCGGCCUGUGUGGGGCUGGGUUGAUGAUGGCAUAGAAGCUGAUAACCCCUCGUUCUCAUGCUCUAAAGUGUGUUCACUACUUGAGUUGCCCCUAAUAAUUCCACGGCGAUUAACAAUUCCUCUGGUCGAGGAGGAAACUUGGUCAAAAUUCUAUGCUGUAUCCAGUGCGUCAUUGGCUCCAGUUCUUCUGGCAUUGCUAUGGAGUUCCCAAGACAGCAUGAGUUCUCUAAGUAGAAAAGUAGCACCUUUUCUUGGUGUUUUUGUUGGUUGUUUUCUUGGGAUUCUUGCAUAUCGGUGCACUAGAUCAGAUCGUCCACCUCAAAAAUUUGUACUUCCAUGGGUUUUGGGAGGGUUUUUUAUGAGUAUUGUCUGGUUUUACAUCAUUGCAAAUGAGCUUGUUGCUUUGUUGGUGGGAUUAGGCAUAAUUCUAGGGGUUAACCCAUCAAUCCUUGGAUUAACUGUAUUGGCAUGGGGCAAUUCUAUGGGUGAUUUGGUGUCAAAUGUUGCAUUAGCAAUAAAUGGCGGAGACAGUGUGCAGAUUGCCUUCUCUGGAUGCUAUGCAGGUCCAAUGUUCAAUACACUAAUUGGUUUGGGGAUCUCAAUGUUGCUUGGAGCCUGGUCAGAGAGACCCAAUUCAUAUACCGUUCCACAAGACCCAAGUGUGUUUUACACUAUGGGAUUUCUCAUAGCAGGACUUAUUUGGGCACUUUUUCUCCUACCAAAGAAUAACAUGCGUCCCAGCAGGAGGCUUGGAAUGGGCCUGAUUGCCCUCUAUGUGAUAUUUCUCUCUGUCAGGAUCAGCAUGUCUAUGGGAAUUAUAUAGUUGGCUGGUCUACGUUGACUUGGUGGAACAAGUAUGUACAAAACUGUGGGCUGCUCUUAAAGCCAGAGAGGUAGUAUAGAGGACUGAUCUAUUGUCAGCUUGAAGGCAUGUUCACAAGGAACAAGGUGGAUAGAAAAACUAACGGUCAUAAUCAGCCACUGUAUUAUCAAAUGAGCAUAAAUCCUUAUCUGCUGGAAGAUGUAAUGUAAAGAUGCCUGCAGAUGUUAUUAACCUUGUUCGGGAUGUGGAGAGAUCUGGUGGAGCCUUGUGAUUCUUUGAACCCUAUUCUUUGAACCUUCUUUUUCUGUAAAGCAGAUAACAAGAAAGCGAUGAGCAUCAACUCUUUGUUUUUCUUUUAGUGCGCUUGCUGCUAGGCCCCAAAAUGUUUUACAUUUGUUACAAGGACUAGGAGGGGUACUAUUCCCCCCAUAGUUUAAUGUUGUAGCUCAAUACUUUAGUCAGUGACCUUUUUAUAAAGCUUAUGAAAGUUCAUAUUCUUUUUCC